CCAGCCCAAGCUGGCGCGGCGGUGGCCCGGGCGGUGGCGGCGGCCGGGAUGGGCGAUGGGGGCUCCGAGCGCGACCGUGGCUCGGCGCGCAGGGCGGAGUCCGGGGGCGGUGGCAGGCGCGGCGGGAACCGCGGCGGAGCGGAGGACUCGCGAGCUGAUGGGGACGACCGCAGCCCGAGGGAGGUCGCCGGGACCUCGGCCUCCAGCCCCGCGGGCUCCAGGGAGAGCGGUGCCGACAGCGACGGGCAGCCCGGACCCGGCGAGGCGGACUACUGUCGCCGCAUCCUGGUGCGAGACGCCAAGGGGAUCAUCCGGGAAAUCGUCCUGCCCAAAGGCCUGGACCUGGACCGGCCCAAGCGGACCCGCACGUCCUUCACGGCCGAGCAGCUGUACCGCCUGGAGGUGGAGUUCCAGCGCUGCCAGUACGUGGUGGGCCGCGAGCGCACGGAGCUGGCCCGCCAGCUGAACCUCUCCGAGACCCAGGCCAUCUUCCCAGAACCUUCCAGACUCCAAACCAAGCGCCAGCCCAUGCUCGCCUCUCCUGGAGCACCGCCCCAGCCGCGCAGAGUGCAGGGGGAGCAGGCCACCUCGUGGAGGCUGCGUCCUUCCUCCUGGGGUCACACCCCUUGUUGCUGCCACUCCCUUGUACCUAGUCGCCCUCUGGGUGCUGGGAGUGUGCUGCUGCCACCACCCCCACCAGGCCUGCAACUUCCCAAGGGCAGGAACCAUAACUUUUGUGUCUUUCCUCUUUCCCUGGUUCAGAAAAUGUGAGCCACAAAUGACUCCCCUUUGGUGUGGGCCAGGCACAAUGCUAAGCCUUUUACAUGGAUUUGCUUAUUUAACCCCAGACAGCCCAGUUAUUAUUGUCCCCAUUUUAGAGAUGAGGCAACUGAGACUCAAGGUUCAUGGAAAGCUUCCUGGCAGGAGGCUUUGCAGCAGGGGAACAAGUGCCAGCAAAAGAUCAGCAGUACUGGAAGGAAAGCAGCUUCCGGCAGAGCCAGGCUCCCCAAGCAGAGGGAGGGACAGCUUCACCGGGCAAUCGAAUUCCAGGGGUGGCAAACCUAAAAGGGUUUUCUUUCCAUUCACUGCCUCCAGCCAGACUUGGUUGAGAACUCCCUUUCCCAUUCCUUACUGAGCGCUCCUUCAAACGUCACCUCUUCCUAGAGGCUGUCCUGGUGACCUCACCACUCAAACCACACUGCCUGCCUCUCUCCCCUGCUCUGCCACCUUUCUCUAAAGUCCAGUGUCAGCCCACAAACUGUUAUCCACCCUGAUAAGUUAAGUACAGAAAUGGAGAAUAAGUUUUUGAAAAGGUAUAUAGCAAUUUUUUAUUAAUUCAUUUUAAUUGUAUUUUAUGAAAGUAUUGGCCCAUGAAAAAUUGCAGACUUUUUUUUAAUAGACUGUAGGUUUGCAGAAAAAUUACGCAGAAAAUAAUUACCGUAUCACUCUCCUCAACGCAGUUUUCCCUAUUAUUCACAUUUUACAUUAGUACAGUAACUGUUAAAAUUGAUGAACCAACAUUAUUAGAAUUACAUUAUUAAUUUAAGUCCCUAGUUUGUAUUGGGGUUCACUCUGUGUGUUGUACAGUUCUAUGGUUGUUGUUGUAGUUGUUUUCUAAAUUUUUAUUGUGGUAACAUAUAUACAACGUAGUAUUUCCCAUUUUAACCACUUUCAGAUAUGCAAUUCAGUGGUAUUAAUUACAUUCACAAUAUUGUGCUACCAUCAUCAUCAGAAUGGAAGUAGUCCCUCACCACAUCACAUGAGAAAUACUUUCAAAGCAUUUAUUGCCACCUGACAAGUCUACUCAUUUGUGUUUUUGUGGGUGUUUGUUUUUGUUUUUGUCAAAGCAAGCAAAACUAAACAAUAUGUGGACUGGGCAUAAUAAGCGCAUGAUAAUGCUUUAAUAAAG